AUCUGUCAGUUGUUUUCGAUUGGUCAAGUCGUCAUUGAAUGAAUUGGAACUUGAGUACGACGAAUAUCAUCCUUUUGUAGUGAACUAGAACAUUCGUAAUAUUUUUUUAUUGAUUUCUAAUAUGUAGUUACCUAAAUUUAUCCUACGCAAACGAAAUUCUCUAAAUAUCGACUACAUAGAUUUUAACAUUAAUCACUUAAUGCUAAGGCCAAAACUUUACCGAUAAAAAAUAAAACAUUGGCCUCCGGAGCUGUGAUGGAAACUAACUUUAACAAUUCAAGCAGACGGAAAAAGUCUACGGUGGAAGGUUACAAAUGAUAUAAGUAAUUAGCGUACGGCGGUUAUUUCAGAAAAAUUGUUAAUUAAUCACGAUUGUGUUGAUCACCGAUCGACGGAUUUUAUGUGCGCGUGACGGUGACAUGAGCACAAAUAACAAGAGGCGCGGAGCUAGCGGUUCCAGUUGUGCUGUUCCUGGGGUACCCGCGCUUGUCAACGUACCGACCGCGAUGUCUGCCGAUUUAGCCUCGCUUUUUGAAUGCCCAGUGUGUUUUGAUUAUGUCUUACCACCUAUUUUGCAAUGCCAGAGCGGGCACCUCGUGUGCUCCAGUUGUCGACCCAAGCUGUCUUGCUGCCCGACAUGCCGCGGCCCUCUCGGCAACAUACGCAACCUCGCGAUGGAGAAGGUUGCUAGUAAUGUAAUGUUUCCUUGCAAACAUUCCAACACAGGUUGCACAGUAACAUUGGUACAUACAGAAAAAGCGGAUCAUGAAGAAGCUUGUGAAUUUAGACCCUAUUCCUGUCCAUGUCCCGGAGCAUCGUGUAAAUGGCAAGGAGGCCUAGAUCAAGUCAUGCCACAUCUUAUGAUGUCUCAUAAAAGUAUAACAACAUUACAGGGUGAAGAUAUAGUGUUCUUGGCGACUGACAUCAACCUGCCUGGAGCAGUGGAUUGGGUCAUGAUGCAGUCUUGUUUUAACCACCACUUUAUGUUAGUGCUUGAAAAACAGGAGAAGUUUGAUGGCCAUCAACAGUUUUUUGCCAUCGUCCAACUUAUAGGUUCACGUAAAGAAGCUGAAAAUUUUGCAUAUAGGCUAGAACUCAAUGGCCACAGACGUAGACUGACAUGGGAAGCAAUGCCUCGCUCUAUACAUGAAGGAGUUUCAUCAGCCAUUAUGAACUCAGACUGCCUCGUAUUUGACACGUCCCUUGCACAAUUGUUUGCAGAUAACGGAAACCUCGGGAUCAAUGUCACAAUAUCUAUUGCAUAAUUAAACAUUGCCAUGUUUUAACAAUAGUUGUAACACUCAACUUUUUAUUCGAGUGUUAAGUUUAAUUUAAUUAAUUUUCAUGCCAAUGAAAAGAUACCAGAACUAAAACAAAACUAUAGAUAGAAUGUAUUAUAUUAAUAAUAAUAGCAAUAAUAUACAAGUGAAUUUAAUAUUUUUGUGAAAACCACAAAAAAAGUUGCUGAGGUGUUUUGUAUCGAAUUGUUUAAUCAUAUAAAUUAUAAUCAAUGUAAAAAUGAGCCAAAAAUUUUUUUCAUUUUUAUUUUUAUAAAUGUGUGUUCAACUUUAGAGUAAGUAGUGUAAAGGUAAUCCUUGAGUGAUAACUUUCUAAAUUAUCUAACACUAAUGAACAUCGGCAUAUUCAAGAUUAUACCCUUCGGAGAAUCUGGGAAACCUCAGAAUGAUAUUGGUAAAAAGUUUUGCUAAUUUAUAUGGCAAAUGAAUUUGAUUUCUUUAUCCUAGCCAAUCCGGCUGCUGCUCAACUAAAUCCAUGAAAGUGAAAGGAUUUAAACAUCAUAAAACACUUUUAUGUUAUUCCAAACAAUGAACAAAUUCGUAAGAAGAUUAUAUUAUUUGUAUAUAUGAGUGAAAAUGCAUAGAAAAAUAUUUAAAACUUUCUUGAGUUAAUCAAGUACUGGAAUCAAAGAUCACUUAUUAAUGGACACUGAUACAAGGGAUAUACUCGGGAUAGACAACUGAGAUGUGAUGUGAUUCACACCAAUGUUAUAAUUGUAUUUAAGUAAAAUUAUUCAAUAUAUUUUUGUAACAUCUAACAGAAAUGUGAUGAUUGUGCAUCUAAUUUGAUGCAGUUUAUAGAACUACGAUAAUAUUAAUUUCUUUAUUGAAAAUAUAAAUUGAAUGACUUGUGAGUAAUAAACCAAAUAGUAAUUCAAAAUUAUAAUGUGUACUCUUGAAUUCUCUCUGACAUUACCAAGUUUCGAAUGAUUUCUUUUUGUAAUGCAUGCUCGUAACAAAGUGCACAUUUACAUACUUUUCUUAAGAAUAACCAUGUUCUUGUUUAGCCGACUCUCGGUUAAACAUAUUAUUAGUUUUUAUUUUAAUAUUGUUUUAUUAUUUAUGCAAAAUUCAUGUUACUUAAUUGUAGAUAUAUUUACUCUCAAGUAAAGUUAUGUCACUUUGAACAUAGUGGCAUUCGAUUUCAUUAGAAUACUUCUUUAUGAUUUAAACUUUUUUUACAUUAGAUAAAGCCUUAUAAAAG